AUUUUUUUCCAAGUUUUUUAUUCUAUUCUUCUUUUAUUUAUUUUUUUCCUUUUCCAGGAAGGGCAGCAGGAAGGUGCUAGUGAGUCUUUCACCGGCGAUUCUACACAGGUUUUUCGCUUCAAAAAUUUUUAAAUUUUUUUAUUACAAGUUUCCUAUUUGUUUCCCGUUGCCCCUGACAUGUUUUACUUCCUCAUAAUAAAAGUCUGGUGGGAGAGUUAAUUCUUCAUCUUCUGUUGGAGUUAUUGAGGUUUGUUUUCAGUUUUUCUGUAAUAUAUAUGUUACCCGUCCCUUCGUUUUAUAGGGACUAAGGAAUUUAUUGCCGAACGUUGUUUUUGCAGGAUUCUCAAACCCAAGCUGAUGACCCUACGGAAGGCAACUCUGAGAAGGAUAUUCACUCUGAUGUGCCCUCCCUAACCCCUCUAUCAUGUGCCGCUGAACCUUUGCCAACUCCCAAGGUUGUUGGUUCUAUGGAAAGAGCACAAGAGCAGGAGGUAGCUUCCCAGUCUAGUGUUGUUGCAGUCCCUCCGUGGCGAAGAAGUAAAAGGCUUAGGACCAUUUCUACCAAGCUUGAUGGUCGUUUUCAGUUUGACAAGAAAACCAAAGGUUUGGUGGGUCACCCUUCCCCUGCUAAUAUUCCCAAACCACCCGUGUCUCCAAUUGAUCCGGAAGAGCGAUUCAACAAUUCUAUGAAGAAACUUAAAGCAAUACGGUCUGUAUUAAUUUUUAUACUUUCGAGUUAGAGUUUAUUGUCAAUUACUAUCCACUACUAGUAUGCUAACAUUCUUGUUAUCUGAUAUAGUUAUGUUUCCCUUGGGGGUGAGGUAUCCCUCGCUAGCAAAGACAUUCUUGAAUUGGUCGACAGGAAGAAACCAAUGGCAAACAAGGUGAUGGAUGCCUUGUUAAAGUUUAGCAGGCACCUGUUGAGGACAGACGACUUAGAUGGGGAAAAGCUUCGCGUUGAUGUCCUUGAUACUAAGUUUGUCUCCCAGUUAUGUCGGCUAUAUCCAAAGUAUUUAAAAUCUCCUUCGCCUCUGGAAUUUCAGUUUCCAUCAGUUCUCAUCGAUAUUGUCUCUGCAGCUGGGGUUGAAGACCGUGCUCAGUUAUAUUCAGAAGUUGACUACCUAUACUUGCCUUUCAACUUUGAAAAAAAGCAUUGGGUUGCUUUAGUUGUUGAUUUGAAUUGCAGGAAGAUAACUGUCCUUGAUUGCAAUGUCCAUCUGCGCACCGACAAAACUAUCAAGUUGGACGUCCAACCCCUUGCGGAUAUGCUCCCGGUGCUAUUCAAACAAGCUGCCGCGAAUCCAGAAAUGAGUCAACUCUUAACUUCUCCAUUUACUAUUGAAAGGUCUCUUUGCAUCCCUCAGGUGGCGUCGUCUGUUGAUUCCGGUCUCAUGUCCAUUUUCCUUAUUCAUGCCCAUGCUACCGGUGGGAUGGAACAAUGCGCCGAGUUCCACUCUGACAGUCUUGUCUCCGAGACCAAAAAACUUGUGUCUGCUAUAAUUCUCGCUGGUGUCCCUUAGACUUAUCUUUAUUUACCCGCCUUUUCAUAAUGUUUUCUGUUUUAUAUGUGUUUCGUAUUGCAAACUUAUCAUAACUCUCCGCUACUCUAUUCGCAAUUGUUAUGUUAUCUAUUCUAUUAUCUUUUUUAUCUGAAAA